ACAUUUUCUAUUGGUCACUUGUUCUUGGGCAGCCAAGAUAGUCAUGAUGCCUCAUUUUGGACGUAGUCAUUACAUGGUUAUGGCAAAACUGGGAGACGAACUCAAGGCUCGAGGACAUGAUGUUUCAAUUUUUGUUGGCGAGGAAGAUGCAUUUGCCUUUGGUAAACCUAAUGUUAAGGUCUUCGAGACACCAAUCAUAGAGGGCAAGCCAAGCGUUCUUGAUCACUUCAAAUCCAUGUCCAGUACAGAACAAAAAGCAUUUAUGUCUCAAGCUUCGCAAGUCUUUCAACACCAAAGAGAUUACUGUGAUUUGUUCCUUAGUAGCGAGCACGCGCAGAGAGAGCUGCAGGAUGCUGACAUCGUGAUUGGAGAUGGCCUUUACCCAUGUUCAAGCUUGGUAGCUGACAAAUAUAAGAUCCCACAUGUUGUAGUUACAAUGAGCCCACUAUGCACACCGACGUUUAGGGUUUUCGGUAUCUCGUCUAACCCAGUCUACAUUCCCCAAAUGAUGUCAGAGCUCACAGCAGUCAAGGGACUGGCCAAUAAGAUCAAAAAUGUUGGCUUUUAUUUCCUGGCUGUGUUUGCGAUGGAGUAUUUCAUGUAUCCUACGUAUGGUAAGCUGAAGCUGAAGCAUGAAGUCACACCUGGAAAAAGUAUAAGAGAUACGUUGGCCAAUGCCGAUCUUGUUUUGAUGCAGAGGGAUUUUAUAAUGGACUUUGCACAGCCUAUACCCCCAUACGUCCGCGACGUGGGUAAUUUCCUCUACGGUCCAGCGCAACCUCUUCCAGCCGAGCUUGAAAAAUUCAUGGAAGAGUCUGGUGACGAUGGUGUCAUUCUGGUCUCUUUUGGUUCGAUAGUAAAUACCCUUAGCGACGACAUCAGUGUCGUAAUGAACCGGGCCUUUUCUCAAGUAAAACAAAGAGUUAUAUGGAAAGUUGAUAAGUUUAAAGGAAAACUCUCGCCAAACGUAAUAACGCAAAAGUGGCUCCCACAGAAUGAUAUUCUUGGACACAAGAAAACAAGAUUGUUCAUAACUCAUGGUGGUGCCAAUGGAUUGGCUGAGGCAUCAUACCAUGGAGUACCAAUGAUCUGCUCACCAUUUUUUGGCGACCAGCAAGAUAAUGGGAGGUUCAUUAAAAGCGAUGGCCUGGGUGAAGUCUUGUCUGUUGCGAAGGCAACCACUGACCAGCUAGUCAGUCUUAUCAACCAAGUCAUAUACGAGGAAAGGUACAAGAAAAGAGCAAGUCACGUGUCUCGAGUCUUAAAACUGCGCCCACGAUCUCCGGUAAAGGAAGCAGCGGACCUCAUAGAAUAUGUCCAGGCAGUUGGUAACCUGGACCAUCUUAAACCAAAAAGCAUGACAUUACCUUUCUAUGAGUUGUACAUGUUGGAUGUUUUAUUUGUUCUAGGAAUAGUUUUUGCAGUGGUGUCUUAUAUCCUCGUAGCAAUGUGCAGACUAGUUUGUGGCAAGAUUUUUAGUAGGGGUCCUAAAAAGACAAAGAUGUCCUAGUUACACAAUAUUGCCGCCUUCAAGGGAUUGUUGUAUUUGGGUCAGUUUGAAUAUAUUUCAUUGAAUUGUUCCAAAUGCCUAUCGACUUGAAACGAUUGUUUGAAGGGAAGGAUUGUAACUCUGAUAUCUAUCAUUGUAUUGCUUUGUGAUGUAAGUGACUUUAUGUGGGUGCACUCGGUUUGACCUAGAAGAGAUGUCCAAGGGCGGAUCCAGGGGAGGGGGUGAAUUGGGCGACUACUAUCGCUCCCUUGGUGAUAAAAGUUAUACAAUAACAAUAAUAAAGAAUAAGGUACGCCCUAAAUAAAGAGGACGCUAUGUCUGUCUUCAGUUCUAGGUAACAGUCACGUGCGCAGCGUCUUUGAAAUUGUUCUGGAUCCGCCACUGAUCUCGAUGUCCUACUGUUUAAUCUCCAGUGAUCUAGGUUAAAGUACGAUCUUAGUGACCAUAAAAAUAUACAUUGUCCCUAGUUGAACAAUUUCAAAAACAUUGACCGAGGAAGAUGAGGCGUCAUGUAGACUUCAGACCUGACUUGCGAAACCUUUCUCCCUUACCAUAUUGAUUAUGAAGAAAACUUCGCUAACGUUAAGCAAUUGCAUUGUAUUUUUUACGUCUAAUCUUUAUUUGUACUCAAAUAAAACGAAACCAUAAAAAGUG